AUUAAUAAUAUCAAUAACAAAAUCUAAUAUUAAAUAAAAGUAAAUCAAAUAAAAAUGAUCAAAAACUCAUAGAAUCUUCCAGAAAACACUAACAGUAACACUCAUACUUACAAUCCUGGAUCUAUUUCUUAGAUUUAAUCAUAUAAUUUGCAUCAUUAAGACUGUAAUAGCAAUAUGAAUAGAAAUCUAUUAGCAUAACAAUAUAACCAAGUUUAAAGUAGUCAAAAUGCAAAUAAUUUCAUUUAGCAAAAAUACCAAUCAUGUUAGAUUAUGUUCAACACUAACUAAAAUGCUAAUUUUCAAAAUAUUUAUCAUAAUUAAAUGUAAUGUUAAUAAAAUAAUCAAGAGAAUAAUAAUGCAUACGUAUAUCCUGGCUAAUAGCAAGCAAAUUUUCCUUCAUAGAGUUAUCAAUUUAACCAAGAUAUCCAAAAUCAACCAAAUUAAACGAAUUAAAACCAAUAAUCAUAAUUAUAAUCAUAAUAAUAAUAAUGGUAAUAAUAAGUGCAAUUAUUGCCAUAGCAUCAGCUAUAUAAUUAACAUAACAACUCCUAAAUAUAAAAUAAUUAGUGUGGUGGCAUAUAUGGAUUAAGUCAAAAUUCUUAAUACCCGCAAAAUUGUUUACAAAAUUCAUCCUAAAAUAAUUAGUAUCUAUAUUAGCAACCCAUAUAAUAUGAUAAUUAUAGUUAAGGUUUUUAAAGCCAAUAGCCCUUUAAUUAGACAAAUUCAGAAUAAAAUUCUUCAUAUAAUUAAUUGAAUUAGCAAAAUAAUUAUUAGUAGGAUAAUUUGAGUUAGUAAGAUGCACAUUAAUAGUUUUAGAAUGGAACUUAAAAUAACUAAGAAAAUAAUAAUGCAUACUAAUUAUAUCAACAAAAUAUUUAAUAAAAUAAUUGUAAUUCAAUUAAUAUCAGUCAAUAGUAAAGUAUAAAUUAACUCUAAUCAUAGAUGAAAAUAAAUUUAUAAAGCUAAUAAGACAUUUAAAAUUUAUGUUUUAAUAAUCAAUAGCUUCUUUAAUAUUAAUGUCAAUAAUCAAAUAAUAAUACCAAUAAUACAAAUAAUAAAACUGUUAAUAAAGAAAUGUCUUUUAAUUUUGAAAAUUAAGACUAUAAACAAAUUUAACCUCAAAUUUAGAACUUCUAAACUUAUUAAGAGUAUCAAUCCUCAAAUACAAAUUAGCAACAACAAGAAAAUUAAUAGUAUGUAAAUUAUUAAGAAAUUCAAAAUUAAAAUGAUUUAUUGCAGCAUGAAUAGAUGUUACAAUAUUAAAAAAUUAAUAUUCAGGAUAACAGCAAUUUAAAGGUAUUCUAGAGUUAGUAAUAAAUGUAUAUUUCUUCGUAAUAUUAACUAAUAUGUGUUGGUAAUUAAUAAUCAGAAGAGAGUGCAAAGUCAAAUUUUGGUUAGAAAUUAAAUGAAUAAUAAUUUUUAAAUUAUUAAAGCCAAUAAGAUAAAUCUUAGAUUCAAACUUCAUAAUAUCCUUAAAAUUGGGAUAAUUAAUAAGCAUUUCAGACAGAAAGUAAUCAAAUUACCUAAAAUUAUAAUUAAAAUACCUAAAUUUCAGAUAUAGAAUAAAAUCUUUAGUAAAAUAUACAAAUUCCUUAAAUUUAUUAAAUAAAUGAAGAAUAAAAUAACUAAAAAUAUAAUAUUUAGUAGCAAGACUAAUAUUAAGAUUUCUAAAACAUAUGUUAAUUUCAAACUUAAACCAACAAGUUUUAAGUAAUAUCCCAAUAAAUACAGGAAUUAAAUUAAUAAUAAAAUAACGAAUAAAUCUCUAAUACCAACUUAAAUUUUAAUUAAUUUUAAGAGUUUUAUGAAAUUUAAUAUGGAAUGCUUGGCAAAUAAAAACAAAUUAAAAUUGAAACAAAAGAAUUUUAACAAAACGAAAUAAGUUUUUAAUUUUUAAGUGCUUUACGUGAUUUCACGUCUCAAAACUUUGAAUAUUCAAAGUACUCUUAAAGAAAUAAUAAUAAAAUUGUUUAGCCUAAAACUUUAUAAAAAUACGCAAUUGAAUAAUACCCUCAUAAUGAUUUAAAAUAGAAAUAGUUUUAAAAUUUAGAAUAAGAAAAUGAAGAUAGCUUCAAUUACAUUUUAGAUUUAAGGAGAGGAGACAAUUCAUUUUUCAGAACAGCUAUGACAGGUUUCUUAAUAUCUUUAUUUAAUAAAUAAUAUGAUGAUGAAGAAGAAGAAGAUUAUGAGCAAAAUUAACUUAUUUAAUAAAUAUUUAUUAAAUUUUACUAUACUGAAUGCUCAGAUAUUACUUUAUUAGAAAAACCAUAUAAAGGUGUUUCAGAUUUGAAAUUAUCGAUGAAUUACAGAAAUUACUUUUUGAAUUGUAUUCUUUAUUUACUUGCACAUAAAUUUUCUGAUUAUAGUAAUAGCUAUGUAAUUUCUGAGCUCUUAAAAAUGUGCUACAAAGAUGACGCUUUUGAUUUUUCUAUGAUAUGCUUUGGAAUAUCUUUAUGCAAUAAUGAGAUGCUGAGCUUAAAAAAUGAUGCAGAUUUCUGCUAAUUCUUUGAUAGCUCUCUAGGGAAAAUUGAUCAUUAUUAAUUUGAAAUGAUAGAAAUAUACUAAUCGGCUCUAGUCUAAAAUUUGUAAAUAGACAUAAGAUCAUUCAAAUUAAUAGCCGAUUAAAAAGAAAAGUAAAAGUUUUUAAUCACAGAAGAAUUAUUUAUUCCUGGAUAAAAAUAAAUUAUAUUAAAUGUUAAAAUGAUUUAACAUGACAACAUUUUUAAGUUGAUUUAUGAUAAAAAAGAAUUUUAAAAAUUCAAAUAUAUAACUAAUAAACAUAAAAAAACUUAUUAGACUAAUUAAAAAAUUAAAAAAUAAAUACAAGUUGACGAGGAUGAUAAUGUUUGCUUUUAAUGUGGAUAAAAAUUAGAAUUUGAACCAAAUAUGCAUAGUGUUUUAGAUGAAGCUACCAAUUAAGAGUUUUAAUUUUGCAUAGAGCAUAUAUAUUAAAUACUUUCUACCAAAUAAGAAUAAAUAAAAAAUGAUAUAAUAAUACAUUAUAAAUUUAAAUUAUUUGGUUAAGUAGAAUAAAAUAUUUUAGUAGUUUAAUAUAAAAUUUAAAGUUUGUUUGAUUCUAUAAAGAUCAAUAAGUUUCCUUAAUUAAAAAUACAGUGUCAUUUUUGUAAAUAAUAAGACAAAAAUAAAUUAAUAGACUUAAUUACUUCAUCAAACAUAUUAUAAACUGUGGUUUGUCUAGAAUGUGGCUCAAAAAAAAUUGUAGAAAGUUAAUCCUUUAAAAAAAAACAUUUAAAGUUCAAAAAUAUAUUUAACAAAGAUGACAAUAUAAAAACAGUAGAUUUAUUUAAAAAUUAUAUAAGAAAAUAGAGUGAAAUUUCUAAAAAUUGCUAAUGUUGCCAAAAUAAUUUAAGUUUACAUUAUAAAUUAUUUUAUUUUGAUGAUAUUUACAUAAACCUUAAUAUUUGCUAAGAAUGUUUAUAAAAACCAAAAAUAAAACUAACAAAUUUAAAUAUUGAAAUAGAUAAUAGUUACUAUUAAUAAUUUAAGAAGAAUAAUAUAGAAGAAUAGAAAUAAGAUUCAAUUAGUAAAUUAUACCCAAAUGAGGUAUUAGAUUAAGUAUAUAAAGUAAAAAUUUAAGCUAAGGAAUAUGAAUUAGAAUAAUUUAAAGAAAAAAAUAAAAAUACAUUAGAAAAUAAAAAUUAUGAUUCAAGUCGUAAUUAUAUUAAUAGUUAAAAAUAUCAAAAUAAAUUAGAAUAAUAAUAAAACUAAACAUCUAAAAUUGAUAACUAAAAAUCAGAUUAGAAAAUAUUUGAAUAAUCAAACACAUCUUAAACACAAAUCAAUAAAAUUUAAGGAUAAAAUAUAAUAAUAAAAAAUGAAAAACCUUCAAUAAAUUUAGAUUAAUAAUAUAAAUGUGAAAAUUAUAUUCCAAAUAAAAAUAUAUAAAUGAGUUAUUAAAAUAAUUUAUAAAAGGACUAAAAUAAUUUACAAUCUUUAUAAAUAUAAUAAUAAUAAUAGCUAAUUAAUAAAGAUUUUCCAUAUUCUUUAUAAAAUAAAUAAAAAGUUUAAUAAGUAAUAUAAGAUUAAUAAUUUAAGACCAAUUAAAUUGCAAAUGAUAAUAUUGUUUAAUAAACUGAGUAAUCAACAUAUCUAAGCAAAAUGUGUUUAACUAAGCCUUUAAUUAAUUAGGCUUAUUACUAUUAAUAAUAAAACCUAAAAAGAGAAGAAAAUUAAAUUACUUAAUAAGAGAUUUCUAAAUAAUUAAAUUCUACUUCAGAAAUUUAAAUUGUUAAAAAAAAUAUUCAAUAAAAAAAUGAAAUCAACCAAUCUAAAAUUUAAGGACAAUAAUCGCAUGAUCAUAAUUAAAAUAUUUUUUGCAUUAAAUGUAAAUCAAAAAAUAAUUCUUAAUGCUAAUCAUUGUUAAUAUAUCUCUAUGAUAUAUCUAAGUAAUACAAAGGAUACUAUUGCUUAUAAUGUAUAUGCAAUUCCUUUUAAAGUGUUCAAUAAAGAUUUGCAAUGUAUACAAAAGCCCAUUAAUUAAAUCUAUUUUAUUGCUAUAAGUGUGGAAAUCAAUUUUUAGAUAAAACUAUAAAAGAUCAAAUUAUUAAGUGUUUAGAAAAAUAAAGUGUUUUAGAAAAAAAAUUAUGCUAAAAAUGUUAUUUUAAUAAUUUUAUUUAGGUAUAUCUAUGA